AGGAGGGAAGAGUUGGGGAGGAUCUGGCAGCUUGGGAAACGUUUUAACUUUAAAAUCACCGGUUUGCAGGAAUACAUAAAGUGGAAUAGCAGAUUGGAACGUGAGUGGGUGGAAAGUCAGCACCUUCUUUACUGUAAGGUUGCUUAAAGUCUAAGAACUCUUCGAAGAUGGCAUCAGAAGAGGAGUUUGAUGAGGAGUUUGAGGAGGAGUACUAUGAGGAGGGUUCAACAGUCACCACCACGACCACCUCUGGGUCUCAGGGUGUAGAGAUGGCUCCUGAUGGCCUUCCUAGGCGCACGGUUAGGAAGAAGGCAAAGGUGGACACCUCCAAGUUCAUGACUCCUUACCUGGCACACAGUCAGAAGAUGCUUGACCAAUACAGCCAUAAUAAAUACAGGGAGGAAUAUGAAAAAUCGAAGGGGCAGCCAUAUGCCAUCUCAAGUGAAACACCCGAGAUGAUUCGCAUCAAGAAGGCCCAGGAACAGCUUAGUGAGGUGAAAUACCGUAUGGAAGGACUCAAGGUGAAAACCACCAGUCUCUAUGAUGGUGAGGCUCGUGAGGUUAUCCACGUGAAGCACGUCUCUGAUCUUCUCAGCAAAGUUCUGUACAGGCAGAAAUGGGAUGAGACCAAGGAUAGGUACUUGCUUCCUCCUGAUGCCCCUGAACUGGUUCUUGCUGUGAAGAAUGCAGCAAAUUACAGCAAGAAACUGUACACAGAGGCGUGGGAUGAAGAGAAGACCAUGUUCUAUCCAUACAGCGACAGCCCAGAGCUGCGCAGGGUGGCCAAAGCCCAACAAGUCCUCAGUGAUGUCGUCUACAAGAAGGGCCAUGAUGAGCGCAAGCGCAAGUUCACAUCUCUGGCUGAUCCUCCGGAGAUGGAACUGGCCAAGAAAAACUUUGCCAAUCUUAGUAAUCUUAAAUAUCAUGAGGAUUACAACAAGAACGUCAAGGGAAAGUGGUGUGAAACUCCUUACUUCGAUGUCGCUAUCGCAAGAAUGGCUAUGGAUAACCUCAGUGAAAAAAAAUAUACCGCUGAUUUUGAAAAUAUGAAAGACCAAAUUUAUUUCAUGCAAACGGACACGCCAACAUACGACGCCAAUAAAAAGGCUCGAGAGGCUGCCAGUUCGGUGAAAUAUAAGAAGGAAUAUGAGAAAACAAAAGCACAGUCCGGCUACAACGUUCUCCCUGCUACAGAUAAUCCCCUUCUCAGACAGCUGAGAUACGCCGGCACCAUCUUGAGUGAUAAAGUAUACAAGGCAAACUAUGAGAAAUCAAAGGGAUUCAGCAUCAAUUACUGCGAAACUCCUAAAUUUAAGAUGGACAGCGUAUUGAAGAAGUUUAGUAAUACACGUUAUAAAGAAAAGUACGAAAAUGAGGUGAAAGGUCAUUAUGUUGGUAGCUAUGAAGAUGUAUUUAUGCUUCACUGCCAGAAGGUGGAGGAAAUGAAGAGUGAUAAAAGUUACACAGCGGAGUAUGAUGAUAUGAAGGCAAGAUGCUUUUUCCCCCAAACCGUUACGCCAGAAUAUGAGGCCAGUAGGAAGCUUCAACAAUGUAGUGAUAAAUCCUAUCGCUUACAUCCGGACAAAGUCAAGUUCACACAGGUGACAGACUCACCUGGCCUGGUACAAGCUGCUAUCAACGCCAAACAGCUGAGUGAUAUCAACUACAAGGAAAAGUAUGAGAAGGAGAAGUUUAAGUGUUACCUGCCUCCUGAUGACCCUUUCUUUAUUCAGUCCAGAGUUAACGCAUUUAACAUCAGUGAUACGUGCUACAAGUAUGAAUGGGAAAAGACAAAAGCAAAGAAAUUUGAGAUGAAAGGAGAUGCGAUUUCAAUCCUCGCAGCUCGCGCCCACACCAACAUCGCUAGUGAUGUGAAAUACAAGAAGGAAUAUGAGAAGAACAGAGGGCAUAUGAUUGGGGCCCUCAGCAUCAACGAUGACCCCAAAAUCCUGCACUCAGUACAUGUUGCUAAGAUACAAAGUGAGCGCGAGUAUAAGAAAGACUAUGAGAAGAUAAAGACCAAGUAUCAUACCCCACUGGACAUGAUGCUUGUGACUCUUGCUAAGAAAUCUCAAGCUAUCGCCAGCAUGUCCGGCUACAAGAAAAUCAUACACCGUUACCUCAUGCCUUAUGACAGCAUUCCGCUGGACCUGGCAAAGAGGGCCAAUGCCAUCCAGAGUGACAAUGAGUACAAGUCAGACUUUAACAACUAUGUCAAAGGAACACCAUGGGUGCCAUAUGGUUCCCUGGACUUUGAGAAAUCCAAGAAAGCAGCAGAGAUCUUAAGUGAGAAAAAGUACAGGCAGCAUCCAGACACUGUACAUUUCACUGCUAUAGAUGACCAUCCUAUCCAGCUGCAGGCUAAGGUCAACCAAAUGAUAAGAAGUGAUCUGCACUAUAAGAAAGGUCUAGAGAAAAUCCAUCAGAAAUAUUCCCUGCCUCCUGAUAUCCCGGAAUUCAUUCAGGCCAGAUGUAAUGCGUACAACAUAAGCAACAAUUACUAUAAGGUUGAAUGGCUAAAGACUAUCGCAAAGGGGUAUGACUCGAAGUCUGAUGCCAUUCCUGUAAUCGCAGCAAAGGCUGCAAGACACGCUGCAAGUGAUGUUCAGUAUAAGAAACAGUAUAUGAAGGAUAGGGGUCAUCAUGUUGGCUUCCGUAGUAUACAGGAUGAUCCCUUGCUGGUGCACUACAUGCAGGUGGCUAAGAUGCAGAGUGAAAAGAACUACAAGAAGGAUUACCACAAGGCCAAGCUGAAGUACCACGCGCCUGUAGAUAUGAUGAGUGUGGCACACGCCAAGCAUGCAUCUAAAGUUCAAACGUUUGCUGGAUACAAGCAGCCUCUUCAUCGCUACACACUGCUUCCUGAUGCCAUGAAUCUGAGUUUAGCUCGCUCCAUGAACAACAGCUCCAGUGAUUACCAGUAUAAACUGGAAUAUGAGAACUACGUAAAAGGCACCGGUUGGAUCCCUAUUGGUUCACUAGACGUUGAAAAAGCUAAGACGGCUGGUGCGGCUCUCAAUGAAAAGAAGUACAGGCAGCACCCGGACACUAUCAAGUUCACCAGCGUCCUGGACACCCCAGUCAUGGAACAAGCCAAAAUAAAUGCCCAGCAGCUAAGCGAUAGACUGUACAAAGCCAGUGGUGAGAAGUUUUUGCACACAUACCAUCUCCCUGCUGAUGCCCCCGAGCUCCUGCAGGCCAAAUAUAAUGCUGUCAAUGUUAGCAAGACCUACUAUACAUAUGCACACAAGCAGGAUCUCCUGAAAGGUCAUCAUAUGAAGCAUGAUGCCAUUCCUAUACUCGCUGCCAAAUCCUCUAGAGAUAUUGCUAGUGAUUACAAGUAUAAGCUUGCAUAUCAGAAGGCCAGGGGUCAUCACGUUGGCUUCCGUAGUCUUCAGGAUGACCCCUUGCUGGUGCACUACAUGAAGGUGGCUAAGAUCCAAAGUGAAAGGAACUACACAAAGGAUUACCACAAGGCCAAGCUGAAGUACCACACACCUGUGGACAUGCUUAGCGUCGUACAUGCCAAGGAGGCAUCUAAAGUUCAAACAAAUGCAGGCUACAGAAAGAUCACCCACAACUAUGUCCUCCUCCCAGAUGCCAUGCACAUUGGACUGGCUCGUAACAUGAUGGAGAUCCAAAGCGAUAAUGUGUAUAAAUCAGAGUACAACAACAUCUACAAAGGAGCAGGUUGGAUUCCAAUAGGUUCAAUUGAUGUUGAGAAGGCCAAGGCGGCGAAAGCUGCACUUGAUGAGAAGUCAUAUAGAACACAUCCUGGUAGUUUGAAAUUUUCCAGUCUGACGGACCAGAUGAACAUGGUCUUGGCCAUGAACAACUCAAAACUACAAAAUAAAUCUGCCUAUAAAGCCUCUGGAGAGAAAUUCAUGCACACCUAUCAUUUACCUGCUGAUGCCCCAGAGUUCCAGCAGGCCAAGUAUAAUGCCCAGACAAUGAGUAAGUCACACUACAAGGCUCAGUGGCUUGCAGACAUCGCCAAAGGCUAUGACUUGAAAGCCGAUGCUAUUCCUAUUGUUGCUGCUAAACUAGGAAGACACAUUGCCAGUAAUUAUCAGUACAAGAAAGAAUUUGAGAAGGCAAGAGGUCACCAUGUUGGUUUACGUAGUCUCCAGGAUGACCCCUUGCUUGUGCACUACAUGGAGGUUGCUAAAAUUCAGAGUGAAAGAAACUACAAGAAGGAUUAUCACAAGGCCAAGCUGAAGUACCACACCCCUGUAGAUAUGAUGAGUAUCAUUCAGGCCAAGCACGCCUCAAAGAUUCAGACGUACGCAGGAUACAAGCAACACCACCAUCGCUACACCCUGCUUCCUGGUGCCAUGAACCUGGAGUUAGCUCGCUCCAUGAAUGCCAGCUCCAGUGAUUAUGAGUACAAGAGUGAAUACAACAGCACUAUGAAAGGUGUUGGGUGGGUGCCUAUUGGUUCACUGGGAGUAGAGACCGCAAAGAUUGGAGGAAAGAUCCUGAGUGACCAUAAAUACCGCACUCACCCCUCCAAUUACACCUUCCACAAGCUUAUGGAUUCUAUGGACCUUGCUUUGGCUACUGCUAACAACAAGAUCAUGGACAAGAAAGCAUACCAUGCUGCCUGGGAGAAGGACAAGCUCAAAAUUCAUGUGAUGCCCGACAGUCCUGAAAUUGUCCUAGCCAAGGCCAAUUCAUUAACCAUGAGUCAGAAACUCUACAAAGCGGGUCUUGAGGAAAUGUAUAAAAAGGGCUAUGAUCUCAAAUCAGAUGCUAUUUCGAUUGUGGCUGCCAAAGCCUGCAGGAAUAUUGCCAGCAAUUACAAGUACAAGUUGGCAUACGAGAAGGCAAGAGGUCACCACGUUGGCUUCCGUAGUCUUCAGGAUGAUCCCUUGCUGGUGCACUACAUGCAGGUGGCCAAGAUACAGAGUGAAAGACACUACAAGAAGGAUUACCACAAGGCAAAGCUGAAGUACCACACCCCUGUCGAUAUGCUGAGUAUUGUUCAGGCCAAGUACGCUUCAAAGGUUCAGACGUAUGCAGGAUACAAGCAGGACCACCAUCGCUACACCCUGCUUCCUGAUGCUAUGAACCUGAUGUUAGCUCGCUCCAUGAAUGUCAGCUCCAGCGAUGUUGAGUACAAGAGUGAAUACAACAGCACAAUGAAAGGUGUCGGAUGGGUGCCUAUUGGUUCACUGGGAGUAGAGACCGCAAAGAUUGGAGGAAAGAUUCUGAGUGACCACAAGUACCGAACUCACCCCUCCAAUUACACCUUCCACAAGCUUAUGGAUUCUAUGGACCUUACCUUGGCUACUGCCAACAAUAAAAUCAUGGACAAACAAGCAUACACAGAUGCUUGGAACAAAGAUAAGACAAAAAUUCACAUCAUGCCCGACAGUCCUGAGAUUCUUCUUGCGAAGGCUAAUGCCAUCAACAUGAGUGAAAAAGCCUACAAAGCAGGAUUGGAAGCCCUGAAGAAGAAAGGUUACGACCUCAAAGCUGAUGCUGUAGCAGUAGUUGCAGCUAGAACCUCCACAAACAUUGCCAGUGACUACAAGUACAAAAAGGAGUUCAACAAGGCAAGAGGACAUCACAUUGGCUUCCGUUGUAUUCAGGACGACCCCUUGCUGGUGCACUACAUGGGGGUGGCCAAGAUACAGAGUGAUAAACUCUACAAGAAGGAUUACCACAAAUCCAAGCUGAAGUAUCACUCACCUGUGGACAUGCUUAGCGUUGUACAUGCCAAGCAGGCUACAGCUGCUCAGACCUAUGCUGGAUACAGGCACCUUAUUUCUCAUUAUAAGGUUCUGCCCGAUGCCAUGAACCUCGCGCUUGCACGUAACAUGCAGAUGAUCGCGAGUGAUAACAUCUACAAAUCUGAGUAUAACAGUUAUGUGAAAGGAAUUGGAUGGAUUCCCAUUGGAUCUCUGGAAGUGGAGAAAGCGAAGAAUGCUAGCAAAAUAGGCAGCGAGAAACAGUACCGUACACACCCUAGUAACUUUAAGUUUACUAAAGAGAUGUCUUCUAUGGAUUUGGUCCUAGCUGCAACCAACAAUGACAUCAAUAAUAAGCAAAAAUAUAUUGCCGCAUGGGAAAAAGACAAAACCAAGAUUCACAUUAUGCCAGAUGCUAUGGACGUGGCACUUGCUCGUCAGAAUAAAGCUAACUACAGUGAGAAACAGUACAAACUUGCCAAUGAACUAUCAAAGAAAAAGGGAUACGAUCUGCGUGCAGAUGCUAUCCCGAUUCUAGCUGCCAAGGCAACCACUGCUAUUGCUAGUAAUUACAAAUACAAGGCUGGUUAUCGUAAGCAAGUUGGUCAUCAUAUCGGAGCCCGCUGCGUCCAGGAUGAUCCUCUGCUCAUGCUGGCCUUGAACUCAGCUAAAAUUGCCAGUGAUGCUCUCUACAGGAAGGACUUUGACAAAUCCAAGACAAAGUUCCACCUUCCUGUGGACAUGCUUGCAUUUGAACUGGCCAAGAAGAACCAGAUCCAGGUCAAUGAUGCCAACUACAGAACAUACCUGCACAACUGGACCUGCCUGCCAGACUCAAAUGAUGUUGUACAUGCCAGACAAGUGUAUGACCUCCAGAGUGAUGCUGUGUACAAGGCUGAUCUAAAAUGGCUUCAAGGUCUCGGAUGGGUCCCGAUUGGGUCCCUUGAUGUUGAAAAAGCGAAAAAAUCUGGAGAAAUCCUGAGAGACAAAGGUUAUCGUCAGCACCCAAGCAACUUCAAGUUUACCAUCACAACUGAAGACAUGCCACUCGUUUUGGCCAAAGCCAAUAAUGAGAUCAUGAACAAGUCAAAAUAUGCUGAAGUGUGGAACAAAGACAAGACACAGGUUCACAUCAUGCCUGAUGCGAUGGACGUUGUGCUUGCAAAGCAAAACAAGGUCAUCUAUAGUGAGAAACAAUAUAAACUUGCCUAUGAACAAGCCAAGAAAAAGGGUUAUGAUAUGCGCAAUGAUGCUAUUUCUAUCAUUGCUGCCAGGGCCUCCAGGGACAUCGCCAGCGAUUACAAAUACAAGACUGGUUAUCGUAAGCAAGUUGGUCAUCAUAUCGGAGCCCGCUGCGUCCAGGAUGAUCCUCUGCUCAUGCUCGCCUUGAACUCAGCUAAGAUUGCCAGUGAUGCUCUCUACAGGAAGGACUUUGACAAAUCCAAAACAAAGUUCCACCUUCCUGUGGACAUGCUGGCAUUUGAACUGGCCAAGAAGAACCAGAUCCAGGUUAAUGAUGCCAACUACAGAACCUACCUGCACAACUGGACCUGCCUGCCGGACUCCAGUGAUGUUGUCCAGGCCAGACAUGUCUAUGACCUCCAGAGUGAUGCUGUUUACAAGGCUGAUCUGAAAUGGCUUCAAGGACUUGGGUGGGUUCCCAUUGGUUCGCUUGAUGUUGAAAAAGCAAAAAAGGCUGGAGAAAUACUGAGCGAAAGGAAAUAUCGUCAGCCCCCAAGCAACUUCAAGUUCACCAGCACAACUGAAGACAUGCCAAUAGUGUUGGCUAAAGCCAACAAUAAUAUUGUGAACAAGCAAAAAUAUGUUGAAGCCUGGAACAAGGACAAAACAACGGUCCAUGUCAUGCCAGAUGCUAUGGAUGUUGUACUUGCUAAACAUAACAAAGGCAACUACAGCUUGAAAUCAUACAAGCUUGCAAAUGAAGAAGCUAAAAAGAAGGGCUAUGACCUGCGCAAUGAUGCUAUAUCCAUCAAAGCAGCCAAGGCCUCCAGGGAUAUUGCCAGUGAUUACAAGUACAAGACUGGUUAUCGUAAGCAAGUUGGUCAUCAUAUCGGAGCCCGCUGCGUCCAAGAUGAUCCACUGCUUGUGCUGGCCUUGAACUCUGCUAAGAUUGCUAGUGAUGCUCUCUACAGAAAGGACUUUGACAAAUCCAAGACAAAGUUCCACCUUCCUGUGGACAUGCUUGCAUUUGAACUGGCCAAGAAGAACCAGAUCCAGGUCAAUGAUGCCAACUACAGAACCUACCUGCACAACUGGACCUGCCUGCCGGACUCCAGUGAUGUUGUCCAGGCCAGACAUGUCUAUGACCUCCAGAGUGAUGCUGUGUACAAAGCUGAUUUAAAAUGGCUUCAAGGUAUUGGAUGGGUGCCAAUUGGUUCUAUUGAUGUUGAGAAAGCAAAGAAGGCUGGAGAAAUCUUGAGUGAAAGAAAGUAUCGUCAGCAUCCAAGCAACUUUAAGUUCACCGUCACAACUGAAGACAUGCCACUUGCUUUGGCCAAAGCCAAUGCAGGCGUUAUGAACAAGAGAACCUAUGUGGAAGCUUGGGAAAAAGAUAAGACUAAAAUCCAUGUCAUGCCGGAUACAAUGGAAAUAUUGCUUGCCAAGCAGAACAAAAUCAACUACAGUGAGAAAUUAUAUAAGCUUGCCAACGAGGAGGCUAAAAAGAAAGGCUAUGACAUGCGUGGUGAUGCCAUUUCUAUAAAAGUAGCUAAAGCUUCUCGGGAUAUUAUCAGUGAUUACAAAUACAAGGCCAGUUAUCGUAAACAAGUUGGUCAUCAUAUCGGAGCCCGAUGCGUCCAGGAUGAUCCUCUGCUCGUGUUGGCCUUGAACUCCGCAAAGAUUGCCAGUGAUGCUCUCUACAGAAAGGACUUUGACAAAUCCAAGACAAAGUUCCACCUUCCUGUGGACAUGCUUGCAUUUGAACUGGCCAAGAAGAACCAGAUCCAGGUCAAUGAUGCCAAUUAUAGAACCUACCUGCACAACUGGACCUGCCUGCCGGACUCCAAUGAUGUUGUCAAGGCCAGACAAGUCUAUGACCUCCAGAGUGAUGCUGUAUACAAGGCUGAUCUGAAAUGGCUUCAAGGUCUCGGAUGGGUCCCGAUUGGUUCGAUUGAUGUCGAAAAAGUGAAAAAGGCUGGUGAAAUCUUGAGCGAAAGGAAAUAUCGUCAGCACCCAAGCAACUUCAAGUUCACCAUUACAACUGAAGACAUGCCAAUGGCCUUAGCCAAAAGUAAUGCUACCACUUGCAACAAGAAACUUUACACUGAGGUUUGGGACAAGGAAAAGACCAACAUCCACAUUAUGCCCGACUGCAUGGAUGUUUUGUUGGCAAAGCAGAACAAUAUGAAUUACAGUGAGAAAAGGUAUAAACUUGCCAAUGAAGAAUCUAAGAAGAAGGGCUAUGACUUGCGUGGAGAUGCUAUUGCGAUUAAAGUGGCUAAGGCAUCCAGAGAUAUCAUCAGUGAUUACAAAUACAAGACUAGUUAUCGUAAGCAAGUCGGUCAUCACAUCGGUGCCCGCUGCGUCCAGGAUGAUCCUCUGAUCAUGCUUGCAUUGAACUCAGCUAAGAUUGCUAGUGAUGCUCUCUACAAGAAGGACUUUAACAAAUCCAAGACCAAGUUUCAUCUUCCUGUAGACAUGUUGACUCUUGAGCUGGCUAAGAAAUGCCAGACCCAAGUCAAUGAUGCCAACUACAGAACCUACCUGCACAACUGGACCUGCCUGCCAGACUCCAAUGAUGUUGUUCAGGCCAGGAAGGUCUAUGAUCUACGUAGUGAUGCUGUGUACAAAGCAGACAUGGAGUUCAUGACAGGUUUAGGAUGGGUCCCCAUAGGCUCACUUGAGGUCCUGAAGGCAAAGAAAGCAGCUGAGAUCCUCAGUGAUAGACUGUACAAACAAAAACCAGACACGUUUAAAUUUACACAAGACAUGCAGUCCAUGCCCUUGGUGCUUGCCAAGACAAAUGCUCAAAUUAUGAAUCAGCGUGACUACCAUGCAGUGUGGGAGAAAGAAAAGACCAAGAUCCACAUCCCUCCUGAUACUCCAGAGAUUGUGCUCUCAACCGCCAAUAAAUUGAACAAUAGUCGGAAACUAUACAGACAAGCAGUUGAAGACAUCUUCAGGAAGGGCUAUGACCUUAAAUCUGAUGCUGUUGCCAUCAAAGCUGCCAAAAAGUCCAGAGAUAUUAUCAGUGAUCACAAGUACAAGACUGGUUAUCGUAAGCAAGUUGGUCAUCAUAUCGGAGCCCGCUGCGUCCAGGAUGAUCCUCUGAUCAUGCUUGCAUUGAACUCAGCAAAGAUAGCCAGUGAUGCUCUCUACAAGAAAGACUUUAACAAAUCCAAAACAAAGUUCCACCUUCCGGUUGACAUGUUGACUCUUGAGCUGGCUAAGAAAUGCCAGAUCCAGGUCAACGAUGCCAACUACAGAACCUACCUGCACAACUGGACCUGCCUGCCAGACUCCAAUGAUGUCGUCCAGGCCAGGAAGGUCUAUGAUCUUCAAAGCGAUGCUGUGUAUAAGGCUGAUAUGGAAUGGAUCAGAGGUAUGGGAUGGGUUCCCAUUGGCUCUCUUGAUGUAGUAAAGGCCAAAAAAGCAGGUGAGAUUCUGAGCGAUACGAAGUACCGGCAACAUCCAAGCAACUUCAAGUUUACAAGUAAAACAGAUGGAGUACCCUUUACUCUCGCCCAAGAGAAUGCCAAAAUCAUGGACAAGAAUGCAUAUGUUGAAGCCUGGAAUAAGGAUAAGAUCAAUAUCCAUGUCAUGCCCGACACCCCUGAAAUUAUGCUUGGCAAACAGAACAAGCUCAACACAAGCAUUAAAUAUUACCGCCAAGGCUAUGAGGAUAGCCUCAAGAAGGGCUACUUCCUGCCUAAAGAUGCCAUCGCAGUAAAAAGCGCCAAGGCUUCCAGAGAUAUCAUCAGUGAUUACAAGUACAAAACUGGCUACAGGAAGCAACAAGGGCACCACAUUGGAGCUCUCAGCGUUCAAGAUGAUCCCUUGAUAAUGCUAGCUUUCAAUUCAGGCAAGAUUGCUAGUGAUAACUUGUAUAAGAAAGACUUUAACAAAUCCAAGACCAAAUACAACCUACCGGCUGACAUGCUGUCUCUUGAGCUGGCUAAGAAAUGCCAGAUCCAAGUCAAUGAAGUCAACUACAGAACCUACCUGCACAACUGGACCUGCCUGCCAGACUCCAAUGAUGUAGUCCAGGCCAGAAAGGUCUACGAUCUGCGCAGUGAUGCUGUGUACAAAGCUGACCUGGAGUGGAUCCGUGGGUGUGGCUGGAUGUCCCAUGGAUCGGUUGAUGUCAUCAAAGCCAAGAAUGCUCAGACAAUUCUCAAUGAGCGACUCUACCGCCAGCAUCCAAGCACUGUCAAGUUCACCAGUGCAGUGGACCUGCCCUCCAUUGUCCUGGCCAAGCAAAAUGCUGAUAUCCUCAGUGAUAGAAAAUACAAAGAGGCCUGGGAACAUGACAAGACAUCGAUACACAUCAUGCCAAACACACCCGCCAUUGAGUUGUCCAGAGCUAAUGCUAUUGCAGUCAGCAAUACAAUGUACACCAAAGAUUGGGACGCUACGAAGGCAAAGGGAUACCACAUCAAAGAAGACGCUAUCUCUGUUAUUAAGGCAAAAGUCUCGAGAGAUAUAGCCAGUGAUUACAAAUACAAGACCGGUUAUCGUAAACAAGUUGGUCAUCAUAUCGGAGCCCGCUGCGUCCAGGAUGAUCCUCUGAUCAUGCUGGCCUUGAACUCAGCUAAGAUUGCCAGUGAUGCUCUCUACAAGAAGGACUUCAACAAAUCCAAAACAAAGUUCCAUCUUCCUGUCGACAUGUUGACUCUCGAGCUGGCAAAGAAAUGCCAGACCCAAGUCAAUGAUUUCAACUACAGAACCUACCUGCACAACUGGACCUGCCUGCCAGACUCCAAUGAUGUGGUCCAGGCCAGAAAGGUCUAUGAUCUGCGUAGUGAUGCUGUAUACAAGGCCGAUCUAGAGUGGCUGAGGGGAUGUGGAUGGAUUCCCCAUGAGUCUGUUGAAGUCCUCAAAGUGAAGCAUGCGCAGAAAAUCUUGGCUGAUAGAGGAUACCGUGUUAAGCUGGACAAUCAGAAAUAUACAACUCCCAUUGACAGAAUUGACUUUGUGCAGUCCAAAAAUGCAGCUGAUGUGCUCAAUGAGGCUAAGUAUAGAGAGGCCUGGCACAAGGACAAAACUAAAUACUCUUUGGUGGACAGUCCACUUCUGGCUACAUCCAGGGAAGUGGCCAAGAUGUUCCACCCGAAACUGUACACUAAUGACUGGAACAAGACCAAAGCCAAGUCAUACUUCAUGCCUGGAGAUGCUGUUCCCAUAAAACAAUGCAUCAGCACCACUAAAGUGCAGAGUAUGCACAAGUACAACGAAAGCUACCGUAAGCAGGUUGGUCAUCAUAUCGGAGCCCGCUGCGUCCAGGAUGAUCCACUGCUCAUGCUCGCCUUGAACUCAGCUAAGAUUGCUAGUGAUGCUCUCUACAAGAAGGACUUCAAUCAAUCCAAAACAAAGUUCCGACUACCAGUGGACAUGAUUGCAUUUGAACAUGCAAAGAAAUGCCAGGUCCAAGUCAAUGAUGACAAAUACAGAACCCGUCUGCACCAGUGGACUUGUAUGCCUGAUCAAAAUGAUGUCAUACAGGCCCGCAAAGCAUAUGACCUGGCCAGCGACUACAUCUACAAAUCAGACUUGGAAUGGAUUCGCGGCUGUGGAUGGGUGGCUGCUGAUUCUGUCGAUCAUGUCAAAGUCCGAAAAGCCCAGCAGAUUCUGAACAAUAGACUUUACAAAAAGGAUGCCAUGGACAACUUCGCCAAAUUCACCAACGUUGUGGAUCUCCCCGAGAUUGUCCUAGCAAAGGUUAACGCUUUCAACCUUAGUGAUCUGAAGUACAAGGAAUCCUUUAACCUGGAGAAGGGCCACUAUAUUGGAUCUGAAGAUACACCACAGUUGGCUCACAGUAGAGAUGUUGCAAAGAUUAUCAGCGAGAAAUUGUACAAAGUUGCCUGGGAUGAAAGCAAAGCUACUGGCUACCAGCUGAACCAUGAAUACCUGCAAGUACAAGCAGCCAAGAGGAACAGAGACAUAGUCAGUAAUGUCAAGUACACUGAUGCUCAUGAGAAAGCAAAAGGUCACUACAUGGCUUCAACUUUGGUAGACUUCCCUGAGGUGGUCCGCUCUGGUGAAAUGGAGAAGAUGAAGAACUUGAGAGACUAUCACAAAGCCUACAAUGAGACCAAAACUAAGCUCCACAUUCCAGCUGAUAUGAUUAGCCAUGUGGUAGCUAAGAAAUGCCAGGAUAUACUGAGUGACGUGCAAUACCGUACAUAUCUGCACCAAUGGACAUGCCACCCUGAGCAGAAUGAUGCCACCCGUGCCCGCAGAGCUAAUGAGAUCUUGAGCGAUGUGUAUUACAAAGAGGACCUGAACUGGAUGAAAGGCACUGGCUGUUAUGUCUGGGACACUCCAGAGAUCUUGCGUGCCAAGAAGUCAUAUGACCUACAGAGUGAAAUUAAAUACAAAGCAGAAGGCAAGAAGGAAUGGAACAACUACUCCAUCGUGACAGACACCCCUGUGUAUGUGACUGCUAUCCUGGGCCACACCUGGGCCAGUGAGUUGAUCUACAGAGAGGCGUAUCACAAGGAGAAGCACAUUUACACCACUAUUCUUGACACCUAUGACUACGCUAGAUGCUACAACCUAAAGCAGAUCUACAGCACUAAAGCAUAUUCUGCCGCUUGGGACAAGAUCAAGGCCAAGAGCUACCAUAUCCCUCAUGACUCCCAUGCCUUAGCCCAUGCCAAACAGCAGAAGGUUAUCCUGAGCAACGUUAAAUACAAGGAAGAUUAUGAGAAGUUUAAGACCCUGUACAGUCUGCCCAAGUGUCUUGAGGAUGACCCAGGCACUGCAAGAUGCAUCAAAGCUGGAAAACUUGUUCUUGAUCGCCUAUACAAAGGCAACUAUGAGAAGACCAAGGCAAAGAUCCACAUACCUCCAGACAUGCUUGACAUAGUAUCUGCCCGCAGCACUCAAAAGAUGAUCAGCGGAGUUGAUUAUCGUAAAUACCUGCAUCAGUGGAUCUGCCUGCCUGACAUGCAGAUGUACGUGCUGGCACGCAAAGUCAACGAGCAACUGAGCGACAUCUUUUACAAAGAUGACCUCAACUGGUUGAAGGGUAUUGGCUGCUACACUUGGGACACUCCUGAGAUUCUUCGUUGUAAACAAGCUAUGAACCUGCAGAGCGAUAAUCUGUACAGAGCUAAGGGAGUCGAUCAUUUUAAGAAUUACACUGUGGUCAUGGACACUCCUGUCUACGAGACAUGCAAGCAGAGUGCUCUGAACUUGAGCGAUCUCAACUAUCGCAAUGACUAUGUUACAAACGUCAUGGGCAAAAACACUGCACCUGCUGUGACUGUCGAUACUGAAAGAGCUCGCCAAGCCAACUACAUCCAGAGCGACAACAUCUAUAAAGAGGCCAAUAAGAACUUUAUGCCUACUGGCUACUCUCUGCCAUAUGACACUCCACUCAACAAGCAGGCCAAAGCCAAUAGCGUUGUCACCAGCAAUGUGAAGUACAGGGAAGCAUUUGAUCUGAUGAAGGCCAAGGCCUACACCUUAGAUCCUGAAGGCGUUAACUUUGUCAAUAUCAGGAAGACAAACAAGGUCACCAAUCAGCGACUAUAUCGUGAGCUAUAUGAAAAGGAAAAGGACAAGAUCCACUCUGAGUAUGACACUCCUGAGAUCAAACAGGUUAAGGCCACUCAGCAGGCCAUCAGUGAUAUCUGCUAUAAGGAGAAGUAUUACAAUAACAGAGGAAAUCUUAUAUCCAUGCCUAUCACCCCUGAACUGAUGCACUGCUUCCAUGUCAAUGAGCUCAACAGCGAUCUGAAAUACAAGGAGGAUCUGCACUGGCUGAGAGGCAUUGGCUGCUUCAUGGUAGAUUCCCCAGAGAUGGUCAGAAUCCGUGAAAUCACCAAGUUUAAGAAAUCCUAUGAUGUUGAUGCCAAGAAGAACUUUGCCAAUUUUAGCAAAGUCCUGGACACACCAGAGUACAAGCGAGUGACGGAGCUCAAGACCCACAUCAGUGAUUUGGUGUACCGGGCUGAAGGCCUUAAGGCGAAGACGAAAUGUUCAACCACUGUUGAUGGUGUAGAGAUUACGAGAGCCAAGUGGGCCCAGUCUUUGACCAACAAGUACCAGUACGUUGAUCUUGCAUCUAAGGAGAGAGCCUUCUUUACCCCAGAAUCACACACUCCUCUCUUGGAUCAUGCCCGGUCCAUGAAAGUGGUGUACAGUGAGAAAAAGUACAAGGAACAGUAUGAGAAGCUGAAGCACAGGUACACUUCUAUCCAUGACACACCAAUCCUGAUUCGUUCCAAGAAAGCCUACCUCAAUGCCAGUGACCUGCGCUAUAAGGAGACAUUUGAGCUGGCCAAGGGACACUACCAUGCAGACAAAGAUGCCCUUGAUAUUCUUUGUGCCAAGAGAGUCAGAGAUGAUAUCAGUGAGGUCAAAUACAGAGAGAAGUAUAUCAAUUCCUUGGGCACCUGGAAGUCCAUCCCAGACCGCCCUGAAUUCUUUCACAGCAGGAUGGUGAGGGACUGCAUCAGUGAUGUCAAAUACAAAGAAGAUCUUGACUGGAUCAAGGGCAUCGGCUGCUAUGUGUGGGAUACACCUGAGAUGUUGCGGGCUGAACAUAACAAGACCCUGUACAGCGAAAGACUUUACAAAGCGUCAUUUGAAAAGAACAGAAGCAACUUUAAGUACACCUGUGACACCCCAUUCUUUGUGGCUGCCAAGAACGCUUCACUUCUGAUCAAUAAUCAAAAAUAUAAAUUCAAGGCUAAGGAGUUACUCAAGAGUGGCUGCAAUGAGCUGCUCCGCCCUGAUAUCCUCAAUGCCAUGUACAACUCUAGCAUGUGGAGUAAGUGGAAGUACAGAGAGCAAUAUGAACGUGCCAAGUCGAAGUUCACCUCAGUGCUGGAGACCCCAGAUUACAAAGUUGCCAAGCGUAGCAAGCAGAUCAGCGAUAUCAUUUAUAAGAUGGAGCACAACAAGACCAAAGCAAGAGGUUACACACUUGGACAUGACACUCCCCUGAGCCAGCACAUGAAGAAGGUCAAAGAGAUCACCAGCAAUCUGAAAUACAAGGAGGUGUAUGAAAAAAACAAGGCCCAUAUCAACAUUGCUCCUGAUGCUCAUGAGAUCCGUGCCGCCAAAGAGGCCUACAAGAACAUCAGUAAUCUUGACUACAAGAAGAAGUAUGAGGCCACCAAGAACAAGUGGAUCUGGACUGUGGACCGACCUGAUUUCGUCCAUGCUGCUAGGAACAGCCUCCAGCAGAGUGAUGUUGAGUACAAGUACGAUAAAGAAAUGAUGAAGGGUUGUGUAAUGUCUGUCACAGAUGAUAAAUUGUCAAUUCUGGCUAAGAAGAAUGCCGAGCUCGGUAGUGAUGUGAAAUACAAGGAGAAGUAUGAGAAGGCCAAGGGCCAGUGCCUGGCGGUUUCUGACACCCCUCAAAUUCUUCACGCCAAGUCCGUGGGCAAACUUGUUUCUGAGACAAGAUACAAGGAAGCCAGCAAGAAAGAUCACCAGUCUGGUGGCUUCACCACUCUUGCUGAGACCCGUGAUACUGCCCACAGCAAAGAGAUGGGUAAAAUCACAAGUGGCAAACUUUACAAGGCAAAGUUUGAAAAAGAGAAAGGCAAGUCAAAUUACAACAACAUGGCCACCCCCCCUGAUGUUCAGCAUGCCAUGGACGUAGCCAAGAAACAGAGCAACGUGGCCUAUAAACAGGAGGCUAAAGCCAAGCUGACGUACACAUCGGUUGCUGACCGCCCAGACAUCAGGAAAGCUACUCAAGCGAAUAAGCUUAUUAGUGAGGUGGGUUACCGUGACAAGGCUCGGCAAGAGGCCAGUCGUGGUGGAACACUCAUCGGCCGACCUGACAUUGCUCUUGCCACUGAGGUGUCCAAACUGACCAGCCAGGUGAAGUACAAGGAGAAGUUUGCCCAGGAGAUGAAAGGAAAGAGACCACAGUAUGACCUGAAGAACAGCAAGAUUUAUCAGACUCUGAAGGAUGCCAAUGAGCUUGCAAGCGAGGUGAAAUACAAGGGAGACCUGAAGAAGAUUCACAAACCUGUUACGGACAUGGCCGAGUCCCUGUCCAUGCAGCACAACCUGAGCACAAGCAAGCUGUCCAGUGAUUACCAGUACAAGAAGAAGUUUGAGGAAAGUAGGGGUCACUACCAUAUGAUAUCCGACACACCUGAGCAGCUUCACCACAAAGAGGCCUCAGAGCUGCAGAGUCACGUGAAGUAUAAGGAGAAAUACGAGAGGGAAAGAGGCAAAGCCAUGCUGGACUUUGAGACCCCUACUUAUGUGACUGCCAAGGAGGCUCAACAUUUACAGAGUCAGAAAGAGUAUAAGAGGGACUUUGAGGAGUCAAUGAAAGGCAAGAACCUCUCUGGGUUGGAGGUCACCCCUGCCAUGAUACAUGUCAGACACGCCACGAAAAUUGCUAGCGAGAAAGAAUACAGGAAGGAUCUUGAGGAAGGGGUUAAGGGUAAAGGGCUCACAGUGCUGGAGGAAACUCCUGAGUUACUGAGAGCAAAGCAUGCUACUCAGAUCCUGAGCGAGAGAGAGUACAAGAAAUCAAUGGAGCAAGAGAUCAGGGGAAAAGGAAUGUUGGCUUUGGCUACUGACACCCCAGACUUCUUAAGGGCAAGAAAUGCCACUGAUAUCCUCAGUCAGACCAAGUACAAGCAGAAUGCGGAGCAUGACAGAUCCACAUACACCACAGUGCUUGACACCCCUGACAUCCUUCACGCUCAGCAGAUCAGGAACAUGGUCAGCCAGAAAAAGUACAAAGAGGAGGCUGAGAAGUCUAUGUCUCAUUAUGUGCAUGUUGCGGACACUCCUGAGAUGCAGAGAGUGCGAGAGAACCAGAAGAACUUCAGUACCCUUCAGUACCAGCUUGACCAUAAACACAGUAAGGGCAAGGUUUCAGCGGUUAAGGACACCCCUGAAAUGCUUCGUGUUAAAGAAAAUACAAAGAAUUUCAGCUCGAUCCACUACAAGGAAGAUUUGGGUCAAGGAACUGCAAUUUCAGGAACCCCUGAGAUGGAGAGAGUCAAACGCAAUCAGGAGGCUAUUAGCACGAUUAAAUACAGGAAUUCACUAAGUCAAGGCAUAUCUAUAGCCGACCUUCCUGAGGUGAAGCGUGUACGGGAUACUCAGAAGAACAUCAGCUCGAUCCAAUACAAGGGAGAUUUGGGAGGAGGAACAGCUAUACCAGAGACCCCUGAGAUGGAGAGAGUUAAACGCAAUCAGCAAAAUAUUAGCACGAUAAAAUACAAGAAUUCGCUGGGUCAAGGCACAGCCAUUUCGGACCUCCCCGAGGUGAAGCGGGUCAAAGAGAAUCAGAAGCACAUCAGCUCGGUUUUGUACAAGGACUCGUCUGCAAAGGGAACACCUGUGGUUUUCACUCCAGAGAUGGAGAGGGUGAAACGGAACCAAAUGCAUAUUAGCUCGGUGCUGUAUUCUGACAGCUUCCGUAAGCAGGUUCAAGGCAAAGCUGCCUUUGUGCUUGACACCCCUGAGAUGAGACGUGUGAAAGAGACCCAGCGCAUCAUUUCUGGAGUCAAAUACCACGAAGACUUUGAGAAGAGUAAAGGAAGCUUUACUCCCACCAUCUCUGAUCCCAUAACUGAGCGUGUGAAGAAAAACACCCAGGACUUCAGUGACAUCAGCUACCGCGGUAUCCAGAGACGUGUUGUGGAGAUGGAGAGAAGACGUGCAGAGGAGCAUGAUCAGGAGACCACCACUGACCUGCGUGUGUGGCGCACAAACCCCGGCUCCGUCUUUGACUAUGACCCUGCUGAGGACAAUAUCCAGUCCAGGAGUCUUCACAUGAUGUCAGUUCAAGCCCAGCGUCGCAGUAAGGAGCACUCUCGCUCCACCAGUGCAAUGAGUGGGGUGGGCGAUGAGAAGUCAGAGGUGUCUGAGAAUGUAGACCACCACACGUCCCUGUACAGCAAUGGCUUUGGAGUUUCCUCUUUCGGCUUCCAGCAAGCAAAGACUAUUGAGGUUCAACAGAGGUCCUCCUCUGUGGCAACCCAGCAGACCACUGUUUCAUCUGUACCCUCACAUCCCUCAACCACUGGAAAAACUGUCCGUGCCAUGUACGACUAUGCCGCUGUUGACAGUGAUGAGGUGUCCUUCAAAGAUGGUGAUGUCAUCGUUAACGUGCAGUCCAUCGAUGAGGGUUGGAUGUAUGGCACCGUGCAGCGUACCGGAAAGACCGGCAUGCUGCCUGCCAACUAUGUUGAAGCCAUUUAAAUCCAACAUAUACCAUCUCAAACUCCCCGUGCAGUUGAGCGAGUUUGAUAUCCACCGGGCUUAAGACACUCACACAGGCUUGUUUUAUGUAUAGUAAAUGUUAGUCAAUGGAGUUACGCUUCCGUUAUGUUUGUCCUUGUUACUGUAUGACAUUUCGUUUGUGCCCAUGUCACGAAAUCUAUUGUGGUUGUGGCAUGUGAAACUAACAAAACUAAACGUACCUAUUUAAGUCACAGACAAUUGUUUUUAUCUUUUUUGUUCUGGAAUAACAGUUAAAUAACUGGAGCCCAUUAUUUUUGUAUAUUACAAAUGACACUACAUUCAAGAUCCUUGAAAAGUUGCAGAAUUGAAACUUUUGUACAAGAGAUGGGCUCACGAUUCACUUCGUCUGAAUAAGUUAAACGAUUCAGUAUUUUAUGACUGAAGAGACAGAUGCACAGAGUUUGCCACAUGAAAAAAGACAUUAAACUUGCAAAUGUUGAAGAGACACCAGCAAAUCUUCCCAAGUGAAACGAUAUGAAUUGAAAACCAAGCCUCCUCCCUCCCUUACUGAAGACUGGCCGCCAUUUGCAUGUGUGUUUUGUUUCUUUGAUUCUGUAGGUGUGGGGUUAGAGGAAGAUGUUUACCUUGAAUCAGUAGCUAAUAAAGCACACCACACUUCUGC